AUGGAUGGAAGCACUGGCUCUCGACCAAAACGCGUCCCAUUUGCAUUCCUCGGAGCAUGCUGUCCAAUUUUAUCUGCUCUCGCUUGGUCUGAGGCCCCUGAAGCCACAAAGGGCCCGCUGUCCCCCCCACCCCUCAGCCGGGCCCCUGAGCUGCAGGCCUCACAUGGACCUCAUUACGGAGCGUGCACCUGCACUCAACAGGUGUCUGAACAGAUGCCAGCACCAGAAACGAAGAACACCCUGAACCUGAGAGGCUUCGGUCGGAUCAAAGAUGGUGUGUGCAGACAGAUGCAGUGCUCUCAGCGGGGUGGAGGGCGCGAUCUCUGCCCUGUGGGUCCUCUCCACAUCUGA